UAUUGCAAGUCACUUAGGUGCGUGUCCUUCGAACUGUACAGUUCAUCUACACACGGAUUAGUCCAUAGACAUUGUUUUAUAAUGGAGUUACCUCAGAAAGAGUCGGCCGUAGUUCGUCUCAGUCUCAUUUGCGGCAUUCUCGCUGUCUUAGUAUUGUUCUGGACAUUAAGAUCGAAUCCAAUAUACAGGAGUUUCAAGAGAUAUACCUCUGUAAUAUUUAGUAGAAAACCUAUUCACGAAGUUGUCCAGAUUGGACAUGAAGAGGUUAAAGGGAGGGAGCCUUUUGUUGUACGGUGGUGGGGAAACGAUUUCGUUGUAAUGCCACCAAAGUAUCUAAAAGACAUCAGAGGAGCCAGUUGGCGCCACCUCAGCUUCUUCGAGAGCAUCAGCAAUUCUCUACAUUUAGAGGUAAGCGCCGGCGACUUGUAUACUGCCAAUUCUUCACAGAGGAUGGUGGAUGUCAUAAAAAGGGGGUUGAACCCUCGAAUCCAAACAUUAACGCCGCUAAUCGUGAGGGAAAUCGACUAUUCGUUCGAGAAGCUGCUUGGGUCUAGUACAGAAUGGCAAGAAGUCAAGGCAACAACUUUCUUUGGUGAAGUAGCGCAUAGGACAGUAACGCGGGUGUUAAUAGGUGAGGAGUUGUGCCGCAACGAGGGGUUCAUUAAACAGUCGACGGAUUUCCUAGAAUCCAUAUUUGUCACAGCUCUGGUAAUCAUAAAUUUGCCGUUGGGCCGCUUUCGCAGUUUCUUUGCCUGGCCUUUAAGCCUUCUUCACAGACGCAGACUUCGAAGUUGUAUGGAUAUUCUACGUCCAGUUGUUAGGAAGAGGUUAAAGGAAUACCGGGGGCUUCAUCAGGCAAAAAACGUUGACGCGAUUCAGUGGACAUUGGAUCUUUUACCUAUGGACUUAGAAUCUCUUGAUGAGGAUCGGGUUUUGAAGGAACUACUUCACAACCUAUGGGCUGCUAGUUCUGCGCCCGGGGGAAUGAUUACUGAGAUUGUAUAUCAACUUCUAUCGCACCCGGAGGAUAUCAAGCAUAUUCGGGAGGAGGCUAUUAAAGCCAUGAAUCAACACGGCUGGUGUGACAAGAUGGACAACAGUAUAGUCCUCCAAGAUAGUUACAUCCGUGAAACGAAUCGACUCUUUCCCACUGGAUCAAUUACUUGCGUACGGACCGUCCUUGAUAGCCCAUUUCGAUUCUCAGAUGGGUUGACUCUGCCAGUUGGUUCGCGCUUCGGGUUUCCUGCAAUGGCCAUUCAACGUGAACAAACCGAUAUUGAAGAUCCAUUGAAGUUUUAUGGAUUUCGCUUCGCAAGAAAAUGCUCAACUGAUACAGCGUCCGAUGAUAGCGAGAAGAGGUGGGCCGCUUCAUCAGUAGAUGUGUCGAACCUACCGUCCGUGUUUCCUUCUAUUGACAAGAAUAAUAGUUGGCUAAUUACUUUGUAGGUGGGGAUACGGUAACCAUGCGUGUCCUGGACGUUUCUUUGCCAUCAAGUUGAUAAAAUUGGU